AUGGCGUCGGACGUGAAGCAACAACCACCACCACCACCACCGGCGGUCGACGCAGCAGGGACUCUUGACGAGCAGCAGGAUGGAAUCACCACGCACACCAAACUUGGAGACGAUGGUCGCGUCGACAUCACCAUCCAAGAAAUUAACGAUCUCUUCGCCAGUCAGAUCGAACAACUCCAGCUCUCCCGAGUCCAAGAGGGACUCGAUGCCCCUCCACAGACCGCCCGGACACUUCUCGAGGCGAGUCACAGACCCUCCAAUAUCCCUCCGCCUCUCAAUGUCGUCAUCCAGGUGGUUGGAUCGCGCGGCGACGUCCAGCCAUUCGUCGCGCUGGGGCUCGUCCUGAAGAACCGGUACGGUCACCGCGUCCGGCUCGCGACGCACGGGACAUUCAAGAAGUUCGUCGAGGAGAACGGGUUGGAAUACUUUGAUAUCGGCGGCGACCCGGCCGAACUCAUGGCCUUCAUGGUCAAGAACCCGGGACUGAUCCCGGGCAUGAAAUCCAUCAAGGAGGGCGACGUGGGCAAGAGACGCAGAGGCAUGGCGGAGAUUCUGCAGGGGUGCUGGCGGUCGUGCGCCGACUUUGUCGAGGUGAAAGAGGAGGAAAACGCGCUGGGGGCGGCACCCAAAAAGAAACCGUUCGUCGCGCACGCCAUCAUUGCGAAUCCCCCCAGUUUCGCACAUAUCCAUUGCGCCGAGAAGUUGGGCAUUCCGUUGCAUUUGAUGUUCACGAUGCCUUGGUCGCCGACGCGAGAGUUUCCGCAACCCAUCGCGAACAUCAAGUCGUCCAAGGCCAGCGGGAGCAUGACCAACGAAAUGAGCUACACGCUGGUUGACAUGAUGACUUGGGAAGGUCUGGGCGACAUCACGAACAAAUUCAGAAAAGAGACGCUGGGUCUGCACAUCCUGUCCCAGGCGGCGGCAACGGAUAUGCUUCAUCGUCUACGGAUACCUUAUACUUAUUGCUGGUCUCCAGCACUCAUUCCGAAGCCCAAGGAUUGGGGUCCUCACAUCACCAUUGCAGGCUUCUACUUCCUCUCGUUGGCGUCAAAUUACCAGCCAGACUCGAGUCUCGCCGACUUCCUCGCGGCAGGUCCACCCCCGGUCUACAUCGGCUUCGGUUCCAUCGUGGUGGACGAUCCCAAUGCCAUGACAAAACUCAUCUUCGAUGCCGUCAAGAAGACGGGACACCGAGCUUUGGUGUCAAAAGGAUGGGGCGGCCUGGGUGGAGACGACAUGGGCAAGCCUGAUAACGUGUAUAUGCUGGGUAAUGUACCACAUGACUGGUUAUUCCAGCACGUGUCCUGCGUGGUGCAUCACGGCGGCGCUGGUACAACUGCAGCUGGAAUCGCUUUGGGUCGUCCGACGGUGAUUGUGCCCUUCUUUGGCGACCAGCCAUUCUGGGGCGCCAUGGUGGCCCGGGCGGGUGCGGGACCGACACCAAUUCCAUCCAAGGAACUGACAGCAGACCGACUUGCGGAUGCGAUCCUCCAGGCGCUGAAGCCCGAAACUUUGGAACGGGCACGUGAACUGGGCGAGCGCAUCAAGGAGGAAAAGGGUACCGAAGUGGGCGCGGCGAGUUUCCACGCACAGAUGGAGCUUGACCGCCUUCGCUGCAUGCUGGCGCCGUCGCGGCCAGCCGUGUGGUCCGUCCGAACCAAGGGAUCCAGCACGGAAGACAUCCGGCUGAGCGCUUUUGCGGCCACGGUAUUGGGCAACGAGGGCUUGCUCGACGUGAACCAGCUUACCAUCUAUCGGCCCUGUGAAUGGCCUGUCGAGUUCGGUGCCAUCAGUUCUCACGUGGUCGGGCCCAAUCCAAUGCUCAGCACCAUGGGCUCCAUCACCUCUCGAAUUGUGCAUACACCCAUCAACAUUGCGAAGGCCUGGGCCGGCGUGGUCUACGAACCCUACAAGGGAGCUAGAUCCAGUGGCUGGAAGGGAUUUGGAAAGGGCCUGGGCAGGGGCAUCGGCAACUUGCUGUUUUCGCCCCGUGGACUGGUCGUGGGCCACGCUGCAUAUGGAGUCCGAGUUUUGUACGAAGUGAUCAAGAAGAGACUGGACGGAGAUCCAACGUUGAGUUACAUCCUUGCCACGAGGUAUGUCGAAGGGUUUGAGCAGGUGAGCAAGGCCACGGAGGAGGAGAAGGUCGAGGUGCUCAGACGGUGGAACGAGAUGAAGCCUGAUUUGAAAAUGGUCGAUACGAGGUCCAGUGUUGGCAGUGAUCACUCGGAAAGAGGGGACAGCGGGUCGGUUCUAUCCCGGCUGACGAGCCACUCCAGCUCAAAAAGUGCGAAAAGUGGGAAGAGGGACAAGAACGCGUCCACUGAGGUCAUUAGCGAGGGCAGCAGCUCGACGAAUCUUACCACCCCUGCGUCAACCAAGGGAGACGGGAACGAAACACAGCCAGGUGCCUAG